CUCUGCAAAACAAUUUCGAAAUCCAUCUCUCUUUACUCGCAAGCCUGCAAUUCUUGCGCUGAACCCAGAAGGUACAAGUAACCCAACAGUCACUUAGCAACUUUUUAUUCCCCACGAAGGUGUUUUCAUUCUAGGAACUUUCUAGCAUUGUAUGUGAAAGGGAUAUAGAAAUUUGAGUUCAGACCUUGGUGGGUGCUCUACUAAAGUUAUCUCCAGUUUGAGAAUUUAGAGUUGGAAAAAGACAAGUUUAGAGGACCAGAUGGGAGAAUCUGGUAGUGAGAAGGCUGUUUCCAGAACCAACAGAAAAUAUCAAACUACCACUAUCAAGAAAGGAUGGGUUCAAGCACUACCAAUCAAGGAGCAUUCUCUAGGUGACAAGAAUCAAUUAUAUCGGACAUCAAAGUCUACAGAUUCCAAAAAUCAGUCCCACUGCAGUUUCUGCACAACCAAAAAUAGUUGCAGAAUGGUACGCUCAAGAACAAAGUUGAUGAAUAUUCUGAUUGAAAGAGGGAAACCUCAGGAAGUCCAAUCCAUAUUUGACAGUUUGAUUGAAGGAGGGCACAAGCCAUCUCUUAUAACAUACACAACCUUGUUGGCUGCCUUGACCAUCCAGAAGCGCUUCAAGUCCAUUCGUUCGAUUAUCUCACAGGUAGAAGAAAAUGGAAUGAAGCCUGACUCAGUAUUUUUUAAUGCUGUUAUAAAUGCUUUCUCUGAAUCUGGGAACAUAGAGGAAGCCAUGGAAACCUUUUGGGAAAUGAAGAAGAGUGGAUUAAAACCAACAACUAUUACUUAUAAUGCAUUGAUUAAAGGUUACGGGAUUGCUGGUAAGCCUGCAGAAUCUCUGAAACUGCUAGACUUGAUGUCCCAAGAGGGAAAUGUAAAACCCAAUCUCAGGACUUAUAAUGUGCUUGUCAGAGCAUGGUGUAAGAAGAACAACAUUGUGGAGGCGUGGAAUCUGGUACAUAAGAUAGUAGCUUGUGGAAUGCAACCUGAUGCAGUUACUUACAACACAAUAUCAACAGCUUACGCUCAAAAUGGAGAGACAGAUCGGGCUGAAGGGAUGAUUUUAGAGAUGCAGAAAAACAGAGUGCAGCCCAACGAGCGAACUUGUGGCAUCAUCAUAAGUGGGUACUGUAAGGAAGGUAAAUUGAAGGAGGCCUUGAGGUUUGUGUACAGGAUGAAGGAUCUGGGGCUGCAUCCUAAUCUCGUAAUUUUUAACUCGUUGGUUAAAGGAUUUGUGAACACGAUGGACAGAGAUGGGGUGGAUGAGGUUAUGACAUUGAUGAAUGAAUUUGGGGUCAAAGCAGACGUGAUUACAUACAGUACCAUAAUGAAUGCAUGGAGCACAGCAGGAUUCAUGGAAAAGUGCAGGGAAAUCUUUGAAGAAAUGAUGAAGGCUGGAAUAAAACCUGAUGCACAUGCCUACAGCAUUCUUGCUAAAGGAUAUGCACGUGCGCGAGAACCCGAGAAAGCCGAAGAACUAUUGACAGGAAUGACCCAAUCAGGAGUCCGUCCAAACGUUGUGAUUUUCACAACUGUCAUCAGUGGAUGGUGCAGCACUGGCAGGAUGGAGCGCGCUGUCAAGGUUUUUGACAAGAUGUGUGAAUACAAGGUUUCUCCAAAUUUGAAGACAUUUGAGACCCUAAUAUGGGGAUAUGGAGAAGCAAAGCAGCCAUGGAAAGCAGAAGAAAUGCUCCCAAUUAUGGAAGAAUUUAACGUUCAGCCAGAGAAAUCCACCAUCUUGCUUGUUGCAGAAGCUUGGCGUGCCACCGGAUUAACAAAAGAGGCAAAUAGGAUGCUGAAUAGUUUGAAAGGCGAUAGAAUGACACAUCAAAUAGGGACAGAAGAAGAGAUACCAGAGAAAAUUGAGCAGAAGCAGCCUACUGGUGCCUCUUUUUCCAAUUUGUUACAGAUUCCUGCAGUUGUUACCGGCAUUCAAAAAGGAUCGGCCAUGACAACUAGGAAAAGCCGAAUGGUUUUAAGAGACGCUGAUUCUUCAAUGGACAGCUCGUAUCUCUCUACAAAAUCUAUGUAUCUUUCUCAUACUUGUAAAUUUGGGGACAGAUCGCCAAUCAUAUGCCGGAAGCAGUCGCAAAGGCAGCUUGGAGUGUAUGCUCAGCAUGCAGUCUCAUGUACAGUUGUAUUCUUGAGCUGAAGGAUUAUGGAAAUUACAAUAUUUUAGAUGUAAUCCAUCCAUGUAGUCCUCCCUGAAGAAAUUCACCUGAUAUGUUUUGUAGAUAGCUAAGGGAGCUGCUUCAUUUGGAUGACCUCCAUUUUGUUUUAGGCCUGCUGAAUACGCUAAGGUCAAUGAUACCAUAUAGUCUUGCUAUUUUACACACAAAGACAUUGACAUUAAGGGUUUGCUAUUUUACUCUCCAUCAUGGCAGUCUUGCUAUUCUUCACUUAGCAGCUUUUGACCUUUUUUUAUUUUAUUUUAUUUUUUUUAAUAUUUUAUUUU